AUGGAGGGUUUCCUCGCAGAUGUCGAGGAUUACCGGCUCGAAAAUGAGCCGGCGCGACGACAACUAAGAAACGCAAUACUGGACGCUCCGGAGCCCGGUCCAGGGUAUCCGUCCCAUGACGACGUCACAAGAGGCUCACGCCUGAUGGGUAUUCUCAGACCCAUAGAAGACGACAUGAAGACCAGGGCAAGAGCCAUGGAAACAUCUGAUCUGAUAGAGGCGCACAAGAAAGAUACCGAUGCUAGACGAGCAAAGUAUAUCAGUAGGUGCAAUGCUCUUCUUCAGAAACAGCAGGACGUGCACGAUGCCGCUCUUCGGAAACAGAAGAAAGUCUUGUUCGCCGAACACAAGGAGGCGCAGGAUAGACUCGAUACUGAGUACGAAGAUGAGAAAGAAGCAGCUCUCAAGGAACAGAAACGAUCCUUCGACCGCGCGCAGAAAUCCGCUCUUCAGGAACGAACAGAUCAGUUCGACGCGGACAAGAAGACGGCGCUUGAGCAACAGAAAGAGUUGCUCGGAGGCGACCAUGACGCAGCACUUCAGGAGCAGAAGGAGCAACUUACACGCGACCGCGACGAUGCACUUCAUACUGAGAGGAAGCAGCUUACACGCGACCGCGACGAUGCACUUCAGAAGCAGAAGGAGCAGCUUACACGCGACCGCGACGAUGCACUUCAGAAGCAGAAGGAGCAGCUUGAACGCGACCGCGAUAAUGCACUUCAGAAGCAGAAGGAGCAGCUUACACGCGACCGCGACGAUGCACUUCAGAAGCAGAAGAAGCAACUCGAAGAUGAACUUCGAGCGCAGCUCAACACUCUCAAAGACGAGAAUGCGUCGGUUCUGCAAGCUCUGCGGGAAGAACUCGCCCAGGACAAAGAAACGUGUCUUGGUGAUCUUACAGAGGAGCUUGAAAAGAGGCAAACCGAAGCUCUCGGGGAUCAGAAAGAAGAUCUAGAAUCCGAAAAGCAGACCGCUCUUGGAGACCUUCGUGAAAAACUCGAUGAGAAACACUCGGCCGCGAAUCGCAAGCUACGAGAAGAUCUUGAAAAGGCGAAUUCCACCACUAGCGGCACGCUGCGCGAGCAGCUUGAGACCGAGAAGCAGACAGCGCUUCAAGAACUUCGGUCCGAGCUCAACGAUGCGCAUUCCACCGCUGACAGCACGCUGCGCAAGCAGCUCGAAACCGAGAAGCAGACAGCGCUUCAGGAACAUCGGUCGCACAGGGUCGCUCUUGAGCAGCAGAAGAAGCAGCUUGAUGAUGAGAAGCGGAACGAGCUUCAAGGUCAAGAGAAGCAGCUCAACGAAACACAUGCGACGGAUCUUCAGAACCAGAAGACCCAGUCGGAUAGUCAGGAGCAGCGAUCACUCGAGGAGCAGCAGAAGAGGCUCCAUGAGGAACACUCUUUGGCUCUUCAGGAUCAGAAGAGCGAACUCACCAACGAGAAACAUCGAGAACUCGAGGAGCAGCAGACGAGGCUCCAAGAGCAACAUUCUUUGGCUCUUGAGACUCAGAAGAAUGAACUUGAUGGUGAGAAACGGCAAGAACUUCAAGAUCAAGAGGAGAAACUCAAGGAUGAAGGUUCUCAGGCUCUUCAAGAUCAGGAGAGCAUACUUGAUGGCCAGAAAGAGCAGGCAUUAGAUGCACUGCGACGCGAGCGUGAUGAAGAGGCCCAAAAGGAGGCCACACGAUACGGAGACGACAAGCAGGCGGCGCUUGAUGCCCUCCGCGAUGAGCGCGACCGUAAUCUUCAGCACCAGAAGACACAACUCGAGAGCGGCAAGCAGGCGGCGCUUGAUGCUCUCCGUGAUGAGCUUCAGCAGGAGCGCGACCGUGAUCUUCAGAAACAGAAGACACAACUCGAGAGCGGCAAGCAGGCGGCGCUUAAUUCUCUCCGUGAUGAGCGCGACCGUGAUCUUCAGCACCAGAAGACACAACUCGAGACCGAGAAGCAGGAGGCACUCGAUGCACUCCGUGAAACGCUUCAGCAGGAGCGCGACCGUGAUCUUCAGAAACAGAAGACGCAGCUCGAGACUGAUGCGAAACUCGAAACCGAGUCUUUGAGAAAGAAAGACGAGGAAGGCUUCCAGCAGAGAAAGUCAGAACUCGAGACCGAGAAGCAGAAGGCACUCGAUCAACUCCGUGAAACGCUCGUCGGAGACCAUGAAGUCGCCCUCCAGAACCAGGAGACGGACUUCGAGCAUAAGUCCAUGGAGCGUCUGCAGCUAGUGCGAGCUGAGGAAGCAGAAUACCUUGGUACGCUCAAGUCCAUGUGUGAGGCUAAACAGCUACAAGCACUGCGGAAACAGAAGACCCUACUUCUGACCGUCGGCGGGAGGCAGCAGACGGAGCUCCAAAGGCAACACACCGGCGAAGUCGACCUCUUGCAGUAUCAGCUUGAGGGACUCAGGUUGUUCGGCCGGUCUAUCCAAGCCGAUUCGGGGACAGAACUAGUCACCCAGUAUCGCGACGCCUUUAGAUCGCGGCAUGCGCUGCGGAUAGAACUGGACGCGUCCGAUCGGCAACUCGCCAUGCAAGUCCACUUCAACCGCAAUGUACAGGAACAGUACAACGGGGAGCAGCAUGCGAAAGACCGCCAACGCGUACGAGAACUCCGCCGGCUGAGACAAGAUCUAGGGUCUCAGAUUGAUGCCGCGAAGCGCCGUGGCCAAGAGUUCCGGAUGCUUGCGAUGGUUCUUCUUCGCAGUAACUACGAGUUCAGUAAUCAGCUCGAUGAGUCGAGAGACGCGAACAACAAGCUCGAUCAGGAUGUGAUCGAGCUGACAAAGGACAAAAAGUCCGCCGAGUCUGAGGUCGAUCGUAAGGAUGUCCUCUUGCAGACCCUGCGCAAGAACAUCACGACGGCUGCUGAGCACAUCGGUUUCAAGCUGCCCGCAGAUACGGAACCUAACGAGAUGAUUGAAUAUCUUGUGGUUUACGGGAAGCCGUUCAUCUCCAGGAUGUAUCGCGUGCCGUUCGAGCAGCUUUCGCGUCGUCUCAACAUUCCAAUCGGACAGUGGCCUUCGUUUGAUGAUCUUCUUCCUCAGGAACACAACGAUGCAGUUGCAUCCUUCCUUACGAAUCAGGUAGACAGCAUUGUCAAAACCUGCAACGCCAAAGUCGACGCAGAGCAGCUUCGCACUUUCAAUGUCCGAUGCGCGUGGCUCAACUCGAAGAUGGAAGCCAUACAAUCCGCCACAAACACCAUCUCGGGCCUCAAAGCGCAGUUGGACGCGAGAGGCGAGUUCCUGGAUGAGAUGAUGGAGCUGCUAAGCUCUUAUCUAGAUCCCGGGGGUCACUGGGACAGGUUGGUCGCAGCGGCUCGGCAUACAAAGGCGAUGGUGGUCGAGAGAGACCGCCAGAUUGGUGCCCUAGAAGUCCAUAUCGAGACGCUAGAGACGGCGCUAAUAAGGAAAAGCGACCUACUCAGGCAGGUGACGGCUGCAGCUGAAGUACUAGAUGCCAGACUCAGGACAUCUUCGUAA